GUCUUCUUGGAGGUGCAGAUGAUACUGUCGGUGAGCGUCUCGCCGGCGCGGGUGACGGUAAACCGCGGCGGCACGUUCCGCCUCACCUGCACGGCGCCCCGACCCGCCUCUCUGCUCUGGCUGCGGGACGGGGCACGCAUCGACACCGGCCGCCACCUCUCAGUCGCGCAAGAAAUGACAAGUGACCUGCAGGUGUCCCGGCUGGAGGGGGCUGACAUGAAACAGUCGGCGCAGGGCAUGUACCAGUGCUUCGCCUCCAGCAAGUUUGACUCAGUUCAGGCCGCCGUCCAGGUGCUCCUCGGAGACUCGCAUCCCGUUCUGCUGGAGAAGUUCAUCAACCACACGGUGCCGCCGUUCGCCGCCAUUUCCCUCCGAUGCGUCGCGAACGCCUCGCCAACGCCGCAGAUCAGCUGGCUUCUGGACGGCUACCCGCUGAGCCCCGACCACAGGCGGCUCAUCGGCCAGUACGUCAGCGCCAACAAUGACGUCAUCAGUCACGUGAACAUCAGCUCGGCAAUGCCGGUGGAUGGUGGAUGGAUCACGUGUCGCGCCGCCAACCGAUUCGGAGCUGUCCAGCACGCGGCCCGCCUUAACAUCUACGGUGCGUGA